AUUCACAGCUAGCUAGCUACUUCAGUCAGUAGCUCAAGUCUCCCGUCAGCUCACUCUUCUUGCGAGCUGAUCGGUAGAAUGAAAUACACACACACACACACACAAAUACACACACAUUCCCAUCAACUUGAGAGGGAAUGGCGCCAAUUCCCCGCCCGUACCUAUUUUCAUCCUGGUCUCGAGUGUGUCCUUGAGCAGGGGGCUGAGGAAUUGAGUGCGGAAGAAGUCCACGUACGGAUCCAGCGAUGUCUUGCUGGGACCUGACCCAUCACACAUCACGGCACGCACAACCACAGUGGGUUUCGUUGGGUGGCUUUUCGUUUGGGGGCAUGGAUGGAUCGAGCUCACCCAUCUUGGCGUCGCUUUCCCCGCUAUCCACUUCGUCCACCAGACUCCCUGGUUUAGACACACCGGACGGGUGUCACUGUUGUGUCUGCCAUGUGUGUAUGCAUGUGUGUGGUGCUGACUGAGUGUGGGCACGGCGGUGGGAUCGAAGAGAUGCGCCUUCUCGGGGUCGAUCGGCACACACACGCGACCUGAAUGCAUCAGUCAGGGAAUCAAUGACAUUCACGCAGGCACCAAAACGCAUUCUAUUCUCGCCUAACGAUGCUGUCCUGUCUGAGUGUGUGGUCACCCACCUGUUUUGGGGUGCACGCAGAAGGGCGCCUUAAGCAGAUGGUUGAACCCCUUGCUGGCCAAAGAACAAAGCACAGGGAUGCAAUGCAAUGCAGCGAGCCAGCGAGCUGCAUACGUGUGUGUGGCUGGCUCUGACCUGACGUUGAUGUCCAGUCUGGGGAACGCGUAGGCGACCUUGACCUCCGACAUGGCAGACAAGCACUGCCGCUUGAGGGCUUCGUUCCUGGGGACCUUUCCCCACUUGUCCACAGUGUCCUGCAGGCACACACACCACACACGCCACACUACGGACGGCAUCAGCUUGUGUCGUGCAGUGCAGUGCAUGGGUGUCUGUGUUGUCUGUCCAUGGACACACCCACCCACCCACCCGCAGGAACUGCCAGAGCUCGACCGAUGUGAAUCGCGAGUACUUCUUGUCCUCGGUGAUCCACCUCUGCAGCUCCUUGUGCACUGCACCACACACAACACACACACGGGUGCGGUGCUGCCUGGCAGUUGGCGCAUUCACUCACACUCUGUUGGGAGGUACUGGAGGAGUUUGUCGAUGUGCGUUGAGCCCUUGUCGAACCACUUCUGCUGCUGCAUGAGCUUGCGCCAGCCCCAACGGUCGUCCUCCAGCACCUGCAACGCUACCCUGAUCAAUCAAUACACACAUGACACACACAGACAGAAAUGCCCCCGUCUUUCUCUGUGUUGUGUAUGAAUGUAUGUGGGUGUGGUGUGGUGUACUUGGCAAUGGGUGGCGGAUCUCUCUUGUAGAAGUUGACCCUCUUGGCCAUCUUGUCGGUGCCCUGCGUGCCGGGCCGUCCCGUGCCGUGCAUAGAGAGAGGGACGUCAGUACGGAGGGUGUGGUGUUGAUGUGUCCAUUGAGCUCCCGCACCCACAUCGUACCGUGAUGAUGCUGAUGUAGUCGGGAACUGCAUCUCGCGACUCACGCGGCAUCGUGCGGGCCCUCUCGUCACACACCUACGCACACAAACAGAGAGAAACAAAACAUAACACGUCAAACCAUGGAUGGAGCUGGUGCGUUGACGUCAACGCAGCGGCCGGCUCCCUCCCUCCCUCACCCAGCAGUGUAUGCCUCGCCGGCCCGAGUAGACGAACAGCAGGUUGUGGAAGUCGAAGUCAUCUGCAAACACAACACAGCCAUACAUACACACAAACAGAGACAAUGAAUCCAUCUGGGAGGACCCGUGUGUGCACGACUGUGUGGUGGCCUGUGAACACACCCCUGAGCAGGCGAUCCAGGACCUUGACAGCUACCGUCAUGAAAUUCCUGCACGCACCAUAGCCGCCCCGGGGCAGUUCAGUUGCCAAGUCAUCCAUACAUACCCACCCCAAUUAAUUUGCCCACGGCGGGCCUACCGUACCAGCACUUGAGGCAUAUGUUUGCCUCACGGCAGCAGCUGCGGACGUCAUCGUAGUCCGUCAUGUCUAUGUCAAACACCAACUCCUGCGCCAACACACCACAUACCACACCACAACAUCCACGAGUGCCCCCUCGCUCACACACCCAUACGUGUCCUCUCGUCUCACCUUCUGCUGAGGCUCGAAGCUGCCCGUAGCAGAGUCCUUGCGAUCCACCUGCACACGCGCACGUCCCUCUCCCGUCCCCUCAAUGCAGCCACCCACCCAUGUGUGUAUGCAGCCCACAGCCCACCUCUCUGUUGUAGAUGGCCCCGAUGUCUAUCUUGACAGGGUUGUGGAACUUGAGGGCGUUCCUGAAGCUCUCCAGCUUCCUGUAGCACUGCCAUCGGAUGUAGAUCUCGUCGCCGCUGUCCGUGUACUUGGUGAACGAAAACUCCCGCUUCGCCAGGAAAUGCGGAUCAAUCUUCUCGCCGGUGGUCACGCGACGCACGUCGGGAGGAUCUGUGGAAGCACAGACAGCACAUCCAUCCAUCAAUCAAUCAAUCCAUCCAUCCAUCAGUGUUUUCUGUGUGUGCGUCUGUCACCAUGGCGGCAGCAAAGCCACUUGAUGAUGUCCUCCGAGGGAAACAGCAACGCUGCGAACACACACAGAACGCCAGGCAGCCAACCAAUGAAUUGGAGCAUCGCCCAUCGUCCACAGUUCAGUGGCGUCCUCACCAUAGUAGAUUCUGAGCAGAUCUAAGUCGAACUCCUUCCCGCCUGAUGGUGCGGCAGCAGCAGCAGCAGCGGCAGCAGGUCUGAGGUUGGCGCCGUUCGGCUUCUCCUGCUUGGCGUUGGCCUCGUCGUGUGUCCUUUUCCUGCUCUCCGCACUCUCAUCCAUCACCAAAAACAACAAUCUACACCCGCGACAAAAACC